GCAUUCGUCUAUCAAACCGGGCCUCAGCCACACAUCCGAAGCCAGAAAUUAAAUUAUCAUCCACCAUUUUGUUUAUUUUCGGGAAAAUAACUCUUUACUCGGACACGUUAGUGAAUUUUUGUACAAUUCCGUCGUGCAAUAAAGUGUUCAAGUAUUUCAGGCAAUGGUAUAAAGAUUAAGGAAUGUGCUAUUAGCGUAUCUGUCUACCAUCAGUUCCCUUGUGUUGAAAUUUGCAGACAUCGGCCGCGCCGCUAGUAAACAUUCUUUGAAAAUUAACACCUUAUCCACCAAGAAAAAUAGGAAUCCGAGUGCGCAGGGAAGCCGAGUCGAUGAGAAAAAUUCGUUGAAAUUCGUUCAACGAAUUUUUCGCAAGUCUAAAGGGAGCAAUCCCCUGGCGUUAAAGGAAAUAUCAAGGAGUUGCGGGCGAGAGUCCCCGGUGGCGCGCCCGGCUAACAUGAACCACACGCCUGCCCCGGACAGGCAGCAUCACGACUCCAAUGUGAACCAGGUGGAAGAAAUGGAGACUCAAGAUGUGGAGACUGUUGACACAGCUACGGACAACUUCUUUGAAGAAGAUCUUAUGAAGGGGCCCAACGGCGAAAUCGUCAAGGAGACGCCGUCUUCUGACAUGCCGCUUGCCUGCCUGGACACGGAAAUGGAAGACGACGAGGCGAGAUCAGAGGCCACGUUCCGAUACACGGUGACCAACUUCAGAAACCUGAAGGACUCUGUUCUGUCGCCACCAUGUUAUGUCCGCAAUCUCCCUUGGAAAAUCAUGGUAAUGCCGCGUCAGGCGCCAUCGCCUGACCGCCAGCAGCAGAAGUCUCUCGGAUUCUUCCUGCAGUGCAAUGGAGAGAGCGAAUCUUCAAGUUGGUCGUGUUACGCUAUGGCGGAACUUAGACUCAUCUCGCACAAGCCUGACACUGAACCGUUUUAUAGAAAGAUUCAACACUUGUUUUAUAGCAAGGAGAACGAUUGGGGUUUCUCCCACUUCAUGUCCUGGAAUGAUGCUCUGGAUCCCGAAAAGGGCUACAUCAAGGACGAUUCCAUUACUCUUGAGGUGCACGUAACCGCUGAAGCCCCACACGGCGUUUCUUGGGACUCUAAAAAGCACACUGGCUAUGUUGGCCUGAAGAACCAGGGCGCUACCUGUUAUAUGAACUCCCUUCUACAAACGCUGUAUUUCACAAAUCAGCUUCGGAAGGCUGUAUAUAAGAUGCCCACAGAAUCUGACGACAGUACUAGGUCAGUUGCGUUGGCUCUUCAAAGAGUGUUCUAUGAGCUGCAGUUUUCUGACAAACCUGUUGGCACUAAGAAACUCACUAAGAGUUUUGGUUGGGAGACAUUGGACUCUUUCAUGCAGCAUGAUGUACAGGAGUUUUUGAGGGUACUUCUAGAUAAAUUGGAGAGUAAGAUGAAGGGUACUUGUGUGGAGGGCACCGUGCCGCGGUUGUUCGAAGGCAAGAUGACGUCAUACAUCAAAUGUAAGAACGUCAAUGUCUCCAGUACCAGAGUCGAGACAUUCUAUGAUAUACAGCUCAAUAUCAAAGGGAAGAAGAAUAUCGACGAGUCGUUCAAAGACUACAUCAGCACAGAGACACUAGAUGGUGAGAACAAAUAUGACGCCGGUGAACACGGUCUGCAAGAGGCAGAGAAAGGCGUUAUAUUCGCCUCUUUCCCUCCCGUGCUGCAUCUGCAUCUGAUGCGAUUCCAAUAUGACCCUAUUACGGAUAGCUCGGUCAAAUUCAAUGAUAGAUUUGAGUUCUACGAACAUAUCAACCUGGACGAGUACCUGCAGGAGAAGCCGGAGACGCCGGCAGACUACACGCUCCACGCAGUUCUGGUGCACUCGGGGGAUAACCACGGAGGGCAUUAUGUGGUCUUCAUCAACCCCAAGGGGGACGGAAAGUGGUGCAAGUUCGACGACGACGUGGUAUCUCGCUGCACCAAACAGGAAGCUAUCGAGUACAACUACGGCGGACACGACGAGGAUAUGGCGCUUACCGUGCGGCACUGUACUAACGCUUACAUGUUGGUCUAUAUCAGAGAUUCACAAUUGAAAACUGUACUACAAGAGGUCACCCAAGCGGACAUACCCACAGAAUUGAGUGAAAGAUUGGCAGAGGAAAAGCGGAUCGAAACUAUCCGCCGCAAAGAGCGCAACGAGGCCCACCUGUACAUGAACGUGAACGUGGUGCUGGAAGAGGCGUUCGACGGUCACCAGGGCAACGACCUCUACGACCCGGAGCGCGCGCACUACCGCGUGUUCCGCGUGCGCAAGCAGGCCACCGUGGCCGAGCUCAUGGAGACGCUGGCGGAGAACUUCCGCUACCCGCUCAAACAUCUGCGGCCCUGGCCCUUCAGCGCCCGCUCCAACCACACAUGCAGACCGACCUGCCUGGACAUAGUCAAUGAUCAACACAAAACUGUAGCAGAUGUCUCGGAGAACAUGAACCCUUGGAACAUAUUCUUGGAGAUGUUGCCCCCGGACUCUGGACUCACAACCUUGCCCACCUUCGACAAGGAGAAUGAUGUGGUUUUGUUCUUCAAGUUUUACGAUCCGAAACAGAAGAGGAUUCACUAUUGUGGACACCACUACAGGCCCAUUGCGAGCAAGCCCGCCGAUCUGAUUCCUAUAUUAAAUAAACGCGCAGGUUUUCCGCCAGAAACCCCUCUGGUGCUAUACGAAGAAAUCAAGCCAGACUUCGUGGAGAAGAUCAAUAAUUACAAUGAUCCUCUUGAAAAGGUAUUGGACGAGCUGAUGGACGGCGACAUCAUUGUGUUCGAGCGCGCCGACCACCGCCACGAGGAGCUGGAGCUGCCCACCUGCCAGGACUACUUCAAGUACAUCUUCUACAAGGUCGAGGUCCAGUUCGUGGACAAGAGCGUGCCUAACGAUCCGGGGUUCACGAUGGAGUUGUCGAUGCAAAUGCGCUACGACCAGAUGGCGCGUGCGGUGGGGCAGCGGCUCAAUGUAGACCCUUAUUUAAUACAGUUCUUCAAGUGUCAGAAUUACAAAGACACACCAGGAAUGCCCCUAAGAUACUCAUACGACGGAAUACUUAAGGAUUUGCUAGUGUACUGUAAACCAAAGUGCCCUAAGAAAUUGUUCUACCAGAUAUUAUCUAUUAAAGUUAACGAAUUGGACAACAAGAAACAGUUUAAAUGUUUAUGGGUUGGUCCAAACUACAAAGAAGAUAAAGAAUUAAUUUUAUACCCAAACAAAGGCGGCAAAGUGGCCGAUAUAUUAGAAGAGGCAGCUAAAGUAGUUGAUAUGUCACCCGAUGGAUCUGGCAGGUUAAGAAUCGUAGAAGUGGCGUGUCACAAAAUAUUACCAGGGCCGGACCCCGAGCUGACGCUGGACCAGGUCACCAUCACCCCGCCCAGACUCUUCAGAAUAGAGGAGAUACCCAGGGACGAGCUACAUUUACAGGAGGACGAGGCACUGGUGCCGUGCGCACACUUCCACAAGCAGGUGUACUCGACGUUCGGCAUCCCGUUCUACUCGCGCGUCAAACACAACGAGCCCUUCCAGGCGCUCAAGGACCGUCUGCAGAAGAAGCUGGACAUACCUGACAAGGAGUGGGAAAAGUACAAUUUUGCUAUAGUAUCAAAUGGCAGACCUAAUUACAUAAGUGAAGGAGCGACAAUAAACAUUUACGACUUCAGGCCAAGUAGUAACGCAAAUCUGUCGCUCCCAGACGCGACGGGGCGGCCGUGGCUCGGGCUGGAGCACAUCAACAAGACGCCCAAGCGCUCCCGCGUCAACUACCUCGAGAAGGCCAUCAAGAUAUACAACUGAGACUCUGCCCGCACUCUCGCGCCGCUGUGCCGCCGUCUCCACGCGAUAGUAACGCAACUAUGAACCAGAUUGCGGAUCACUUUAUAUUUGUUUCUCGACACUGAAUUCGAUCGACGUCGAAGCUCGCAAGUCUACGUCUAGUUUCAACACGGAUUUGUGCCGUCGUAACCAACUUUGAAAUAUCCGAUCCUUUCAAAAGGUCUAAUGUUAUUUAAUAAUUUAAUUAAUAUAAAAAAUCAGUGACGAAAUUUGAAGCUAAUAUUUUGGGAUCCACGAUUGACCUUAUUAUAGUUUAUAUAGGUUUAUGCUGCAUAGUUUAUAUUUUAGCUGGAUAAACAAUGUAAUUUAUUUGCGUACACCUUUGAGUGUGAUGUUCCGUAUGUGCUGUCUUACUAUCGCAUGGAUACGGAAUAAUAAAUAGCCUUACAUACACACAUAAUGUACCACACCGCAACACUGACGAACUCAACGUAAGAAAGAUCUAUUUAUAAAUGUAACCGUUCUUUCGGGGAUCUUUAUCUUUGUCAAAUUAAGACUAAAAUAAAAAAGAAGAUACCUCAUGAGAAUGUGGUAUAUGGCCACACCGUAGUCAAGCUAGCAAAAUAUGAAUUUGUAAUAAUAGCUUGUGUGCCCAUAACAUUUAUAUCAGCGGAAAAAAUCACUAGCAAAUUAAAACUAUUAUCGUACUGUUCAUCCAUCAUAUUACAUAGCAUUUUGUUAUAAUAUCUAUAACUCAUUCGCCUUUUAGCAUGUCCAGUGAUGAAAUCGUGUUGUGGCCUCCUAAUGUCUAGGAAAUAUGAUCCUUAUUCUUUAUUAUAUUAGUGGGGAAUUCCUCAGUUAGAUUGAAUUAUGAGACAUCUAUUUAUACAUUUCGUGCCCAUGAUACAUGUUCUGACCUUUUUUUUAAUUUAGCUGUGAUCCGUUUGAAUUGUUUCAUAUACUUUAAAUAUAUUCCGAUUCAUUCGUUUAAGAUCAAAACCGGUAUGGUACGUUUAGGUCUCUGUCUCAACCUAACUGUUCCCCCAGUUGUUUUGGUGAUUCGGCAAAAUUAAGCGAAUUCACUUUAUUUAGAUACGAAUUUGUACUAUGAGAAUUAUAUAUUGUAAUAACAGUGUUUUAAGAGUAUUUUAUAUAGUCGAAUGUGCCUGUGUGUGAACGCUUAUCAGCCGGUAUGGUCGCCAGUACUCCGUUGAACCUCGUGGACUCGGAUGAUCAAUGAAUUUACUGUAAAAAAAUAUAAAAUGGGGCAGUCAUGGCGGCUGCCGCUUCACUCCUAAUAAGCGAUUGUAUUAAUUGAAUGUUUAGUCAAUUGUGGAUAUAAAUUAACUUAAAACUCUCUGACAUCGCUUGUCUUUUUAUUUUUUUUUUGUACUGAUUUACUGAGAAUUUAUUCCGUUUUAGUUUAUGUAAUUAAAAGCGAUUACUGCUGAUUUGAAAUACUCAAGCCCGAAAAACCUGUAAUGAAAAAAAUGUCUUGUUUUAUUUCGUUUUGUAUAUUUAGCAAUGCAUAUGCAGUUUAAUAUUAUUGUGAAAUGAAUUGGUUACAUCUAAUAUUUUUUAAUUUUAUCAAUCUCAAAAUUUAAAUAAAAUAAGUAUAUAUUUUGAGAUUUAGUUAAUGUAAAGGUCGCAGAUAAUAUUGCUUGUCGCAUUAAAUUUCGCGACUUGAUGUAUAUUACAGAGACUCACCUCGCGAGGCAAAUGCAGUAGUCUGUGAAUUAGCAUGAACAACUAAUUUUAUUUUUAUAUACUACAUAAUGUAUAAAUUUCAAACAAUUUAUAUUACAAGAUAAAUUGUUUGAAAUUUCCAUUGAUAGCAUUGUGAUAGUAAAUAUUAGAGAGGCAUGUACAUAGCUAAUGCACAUUUAUAUUCUAAAAUCAUGUGUAGUGUUGCGCUUUCUCGACAUUAGUAAAUUUACUUCCUGGGGUGGACAUAAGAGCUAAGGUUUUGAAACCUAGUGUAAAAAGUUAUGUGUACUUCGUUUUCUCGAUGCUGGCUCGCGUAAGUAGCUCUUAUGUGAUCACAUAUUGUAUUAAAGGCGAAACGUAAAAUGUGGAAUCUGUUUUAAUUUUUGUCGAAUUACCAAAAGGGUGUAUGUUCGAGGCGCGGAUAUAUAGGGCGGCGAUACGUGUCGGUGUUUCUGGCCUCUAGUGUACACUAGAUUUAACUGCACAUAGAUAUAUACAAAAAUAGGCACGAUAUUGUUAAUUCUGGCUAAAAGCCCACUACUUCAAUACAUGUAUAUGUUACUAUUUAAUUUUUUACUUGACCUGCCAGAAGAAUGUUACGUUAUUAAUAAAUGAUUAUGUCGAAAUUAUGUAUAUAUAUGAUGUAAUAAAUUAAGAAAAAAAUACAAUAAGUUUUCGUGAAGAUGCCUUAGACAUUUCAAGACUCUUUAGUACACUGUGGUAAUAAUUUAAACCUUUCAUUUCCAUUUUAACACAUCGUUAUUUAUAUUGCAGCAGAAUCUUUGGUUUUGCACCUCUAGCUUUGUUUUCAGUACUCUUUUUCCAUUCAAAAUAUAUUUUUUAUUUUAACAAUGUGUGUUGGUUGAGUAUGUUUAAAUAACAUGGUUUGAGGUAUUAUGACACAACCUUAGAAAUAUAGUGGCUUAGAAUACAUGCCAAUAAUUAAAGGCAAAUGGGAUUAUAGUCUUAUUUUUGAAGAUCUAAAUAAAGCAUUGAUCCUAUGACGGCUCGCUGUAAGCAAACACUGGAAUGUUCCGGUGUUUGAUAUGUUGGAUUUGAAUGUUUCACUGAAUAUAAUCCUAUAUUUGUU